ACACCCCUGUGUUUGAGACUGGUAGAGUCCGUUGAUACACAGCUAGUCAAGCCAACCGAGAGGUCGCGCAGCGCUGUAUUAUUAAUUUAUUCCUGCAGAUUUGACCAGUCAGUAGAUGAGAUUCUUUGAGCUCUCUUCUUGACCCGAGCCGUCACAGCUGGAGUACGUCUGUAGGUUAUUCUCUUAACCAUCAUCCCAGUUCUCCGUUCAAUGCCUAACACUGUGGAAAGUGAAGGCGCCAAGGUAUCUGCUAGUACUGAUCAGGAGGCCCCAUCACGGGCCCCGGCCAGAGAGGAUGAGCGUGAGCCAAGCUUCCUGAGUCCGAUGACACGUGAUGCGCUGCGGGUACGACGGGCCUCCAGCGCAGAGCUCCAGCUUCCGUGGACCUGCCCUGUAACACACUCCCGAGAAAAGUUCUACACCGUCUGCUCGGACUAUGCGCUGCUCAACCGAGCCCGACCCAUUAUCACAUCUGAAGAUGCGCCACCGACCAAUCCAGACAGGGAUGGGACAUCAUUACUCAAGACCAAUGCUGCAACCUCUUCCCAGAGUCACUCAGGGGGAAUAAGUAUGUCUUUAGAUGGGAACUGUGAUAUGGAGGUUGUGUCAUCCAGCAACAAGCCUGUGCUUGCCUGGGAGAUUGACACAUCGGAUUUUGAUGCGGUUUUAACACGGAAAACCAGAACAAGUAAUUUAAAGAAAUUCAACUCCAAGAAAAUGAAAUCGUCUGACAGGCCAAGCAGAAACCUGCAAGAUCUCCCACCACAAGCUUCUCUGGACGAGAUCAGACAGAGAAAAGUCUUGGACCUCCGUAGAUGGUACUGCAUCAGCCGCCCCCAAUAUAAAACAUCAUGUGGGAUCUCUUCACUUGUCUCUUGUUGGAACUUUCUCUACAGUACUUUAGGAGCAGGCAGUCUCCCACCUAUUUCUCAAGAAGAAGCCCUGCACAUACUUGGUUUCCAGCCUCCGUUUGAAGAUAUCAAGUUUGGACCAUUCACCGGCAAUGCCACUUUGAUGCGAUGGUUCAGACAAAUCAAUGAUAAUUUUCGUGUUCGGGGAUGUUCGUACAUUCUGUACAAACCUCAUGGAAAGCACAAGACAGCGGGAGAAACAGCUGAGGGGGCACUGAUGAAGCUGACGCAGGGACUUAAAGACGAAUCCAUGGCCUACAUUUACCAUUGUCAGAAUCACUACUUCUGUCCUGUGGGCUAUGAAGCUACACCAUUAAAAGCAGCCAAAGCAUACAGGGGGCCGUUGCCGCUUAACGAGAUGGAGCACUGGAUUCUCAUUGGUGAACCAAGCAGGAAACACCCUGCAAUCCACUGUAAAAAAUGGGCGGAUAUUGUGACAGAUCUGAACACCCAGAACCCAGAAUACUUAGACAUUCGCCACAUAGAGAGAGGCAUUCAAUAUCGCAAAACCAAAAAGGUUGGAGGCAAUCUGCAUUGCAUCAUGGCCUUCCAGAGAGUCAACUGGCAAAAGUUGGGACCAUGGGCACUGAACCUGGAAAAUCUGAGACAUGAUCUCCACCAUCAGGCUCCAGAACACAGAGGCCAAGCUGCGACAGAGGACGGUUCUGAAGAGCGAGCGGUGAAACGCCUGGGCAGAUCUCUCAGUACGGGGAACAAGUCUGACAAUGCCUGGAAGCGUUUGUCUAACACAGCAGAAUACAGACACAGAAGCUCUCCAGACAGUGACCUAGAUGAAGACAUAACUGACUAAAUCUGAGGUAUCCAACCUUCUUUUUGAAGGGCCAAUUUGGUUUUGUAAGAUUUAAAGAAUAUUUAUCUUCCCAGGUUGUUAGGAACAAUAAAAAGGUAGAAUUACGUAUCAUAGAUGAGGUUGCAAGCCAAAUGGUCUGGAUAAUGCUCCAGUAAGAAUCCAUACGGAUGCUGGUUUGAUGCCCAUAAGGAAGGAGCCAUAAGCUUUUGUAGAGGACGCCCCUGUAAGGCACAGCCCUCAAUAAUGUGGCAUUAAAUUAAGAUUAAUAAUAUUAAACAAUGGCUCGCUCUCCAAGAUGUUGAGUCACUUCCUGUAGGUCAAAAUGCUGCUUUCUUUAAACAUAAUAGUGGAUAAAUGAAUCAUUAAAUAAAUGUGCAGUCAACUGCACUGAAGGUGUGGUCACAUUUACCAUUGUGCAAAUUCUCGUGGGAGAAAUCCAGCAAUUUCAAAAGGAAUCCACAAAUUUCACGUUAAAGGAGAGGUUCACUUUCAGAACAAAAAUUUACAGAUAAUGUACACCCCCUCUUCAUCAAAGAUUUUCAUGUCUUUCUUUCUUCGGUCGUAAAGAAAUUAUGUUUUUUGAGGAAAACAUUUCAGGAUUUUUCUCCAUAUACUGGACUUCAAUGGUGCCCGCGAGUUUAAACGUCCAAAAUGCAGGGCCCUAACGAUCCCAACCAAGGAAAAAGGGUCUUAUCUAGCGAAACGAUCGAUUAUUUUCUUAAAAACAGUUUAUUUACUUUUUAACCUUUUAAACACUCAUCUUGUGUAGUUCUGCCUGAACUGUUUUUUCCAGUUCAUGACGGUUAGGGUAUGUCGAAAAACUCCCAUCUCAUUUUCUCCUCCAGCUUCAAAAUCGUUCUGCAUCACUGCAGAAGUACUGAUCCAGUUUUUACAAAGAGAACAUGAUAAGAAGAUCAAACAGUUGAAGUUGGAGGAGAAAAUGAGAUGGGAGUUUUUCGACAUACCCUAACUGUCUUAAACCGGAAAAAACAGAGUUCAGGCAGAUCUAGAUGAGCAUUUGAGGUUAAAACACUAGAUAAGACCCUUCUUCCUCUGCUGGGAUCUUUUAGAGCCCUUUGAAGCUGCAUUUAAACUGCAUUUUGGAAGUUCAAAUCCAGUAUAUGGAGAAAAAUCCUGAAACAUUUACAUAUUUACUACUGAAGAAAGAAAGACAUGAACAUCUUGGAUGACAAGAGGUUGAAUACAUUAUCUGUACAUUUUUGUUCUGAAAGUGAACCUCUCCUUUAAGAGGAAAAGAGUUUCCAGUUUUGCAGUUGGUUGAAAUUGGUCACAUCACGUUGACCAACAGAAAGCUGCUUGAUUUGAAAGUGACUGUGCUUCAUAGAUGGCUACGCUAUACACAGUGCACUAUUUUUGCCGGCAAAAUUGCACCAUAAUUUAUGACCGCACCUCAACUGUAGUGAAUAUUUGAUUUUCAGAUCAAUAGCAUCAUUCCAUUUCAGUUAUGUGCUAUUAGGUGGAUUUAUAUGUUGGUAUGGACUGAAACAUGAUUAAUCUGCAUAAUGUGCUUGCAGAACACUUAACACUACAUAGAAGACUGAAGACUGGUUUUGCUGUUGUAUAAACAAAAAUGGCUUUAUUAGUGUAAGUCUAAAAGACCUAAGUCAAGGUUAUCAUAACGAUAUCAGACUGUUUAAUAAUGUGACUAAUUGAUAUUUCAAUGGAUCUGAUUCUGGUUAUAGUCAAGUGACAUAGUCCAAUAAGAUGGUGCCAUCUUAUUGUAAAUAGCUGGGAUUACAAUCACGUUCUUUGUGAAACGCUGUGAGCUAAGAUUGCAUGAUUGCUUCCAUGUCAUGUGAAUUGUGAUUUGUUUUUCCUUUAACACAGCAGCAAGUACAAAUGAUCACAGAUCUCAUACUCAUGUCAAUCUAGUGUGUUGGUAUUAUUUUUAUUUAUAAAUAAAAUAUUUAUACACCUUCUUA